AUGUCUCAACAACACACACCCCUACGCCCCCAGCCUCAGAGCAACCAGUCGUCUCCCUCCGUCUACUCCCAGCCAGGGGGGACUCCCGACCAUACCCACAAACCUUCCAGGCUGAGGGACAAGAUCCUCCACAACCUGCCGACCGGCGACACGCCGCCCCGGCCCAGCCGCGACCUCUUCGCUGACGAGCGCAAACAGCGCCAACAGGCUAUGCUCCUCCUCUCCCGCGACAAGAUGGAGCUCAACAACCCCAGCACCGUUGACUCCAAGUGGACCAACUACAACAUCAAGCGCAAGGACCCCAACGAGAUGCGCGCAAUUCAGGCGGCCCGCCGAACCCAGCGCUAUGCAGCUCAGCAGACCAACCCUCCCGACUCGAAGGAGUCGUCUGCCUCCACCUCAAGACCCUCUUCUGCCACACCCACCUCAAACAACCCAGCCCCUGCCCAUUGGGUCACCUCACUCCGGACCGGUAGCCCGGAACAAGUUUCGCCCGCCUUCUUGGCCGCCAUGAAGCGCAUGAGUGUUGCGAGCUCUUCGAGCGGCGUCGACGCAAUCACCCUCCAACGUGUCCGCGAGGCGAUCCACAGUCGAGACGAGGGGCACCAACCCGAGCGCCUCUCGCAGGAGACCGAGGUCCAGACCCAUCCUGCUCGGCCUCGUCGGCGCUACAGCGACCGCAGGGGACCGGACGCACACGACCCUACUCUCGUGUCGGACGAGCCAUCUACCAGCUUCAACCCCUAUGUCCCUAGCGAGCGGUACCGCUACCCCGACGAGGUGAACCCUUACGCCACCGAGAGAUAUGGCGACCUCGACGUGCGCCUGGACAUGCGGCGUCUGGGCCGUGUCGGACACCGGUCAGCAGAGGAACCGGAGGUGGGCCACAGCUUCCAGUCCAAGGACAAGGGACAAAAGGACACAAAGGGCAAGGGCAUGCGCAAAAGCUGGGAGCGGCUGCGCAAGGCUGUUGGCCUAGUUGACCCCGACAAGGCGAUCGCGCAGACAUGCGCCCCAGAGGGGUGGGAAAACUGGGAGGAGGUCCGUACCGAGGGCCGUGUUCCGAGUUCGACUGACCCCUACGGCGCAUCGGCACGCUUCUCGGGCGAGCCAGACCACGCCAAGCAGCCCAACUACGAGAGGAAGGGAUCCGCAUCGUCGCUCUUCUCGCUCGGCGGCAGUCGCAAGGUCAAGGACCGUCGCGAGGUUCCGUUCAUGGAGCCGCUCUAUGUACCCACCGACCGCAAUGAGCGGAUAGCGAUGGGGCCCACACUCGCACACACCCCGCGAGACUGGAAGAUGAACGACGGUCACGUCACGCGCAUGCGCGCAGGAUCACCGGUCGCGGACAGCCUCCGUCACGGCAUGGUCGACGAGCGAGCUCGGCGGGGCGAGAGCCCGCCGCCCAAGGACGGUCCAGUUCGUCGCCUUGUCCGUCGCGCCAGUGGGCCCCUCCGCCGCACGCUGUCCAAGAUCAGCCUCAAGUCGAAGAAGAGUACGGAAAACCUGACGGGUGGCGAAGACUUCUUCCUCCCUUCACCGACUGCUCUUGGACCCGCUCGCCCAGAGCGGCACUCGUGUUAUCUUGCUUGUGUCAGCAGCCUCAUCGAGGAUGUGCACAAGUUUGACGAGUGCUUCUGCGACUGCCCUGGAUGCCGGCCGCAGGAGCGCCGCCGUCCCCAAUGGAGCCAGUAA